UGCGAGGCAUCAAAGGCAGACAAAUUCAAGCUGAUGCCUAGGUACGUAUGGUGGGAGCUUAGACCUGAGGUAAUGAAAGUAGCGGCCGACGGAAAUGGUGAGUGGGCAAGGUUUAAGGAGGAGAUGCAGAUGCGUUUCAAGUUAGGGGACGGCCUACUCACAAAAGAAGACCUGAAAAUGUUGAGACGAGACGAGUUCUCCUCGGUAGGAGCCUUUGCCACAACAUUUGAGAAGAUGGCAAAGAAAGUCCCAGGGCUGGCAGAAGAAGAACAAUGUGCCACUUUCCUGGGGCACUUCAAGAAUUGGGAAGCCUUGUCGCUAACCAAUAAAGCUGCGUCAGGAAAGAAACUGACUUGGGGUGUCAUAAAAGAAGGCGUGCUAGAGGGAGAGUUGGACCAGGUAGACAUCUUCCAGAUGAAACAGGCUAGAAAGAAAAGGAAGACUUUGGAUACUAUCGCUAGUGUUGGGCGCAACUUCAAGCUAUUGAUAGAAGAGGCUGUGGCCCAGCACGAUGCAGAGAAGGAUGCAAGAAAGAAGGCUAUGGCGGCGCCACAAGCCCAAGGGAAAGAAAAGAAGGUGGUAGUGCUAGAGGAGGAGGAAAAAGAAGAAGAGGAGCCUGAACCACAAAAGUUGACAAAGGCUCAAAGGAAGGCAAGGAACACGACUCAAGCGGGGCAAGGCUCAGGAAAAGGUCAAGCCCCGCAGGCUAUAGCGGCGCCACCCCCUGAGUCGUCCAAUCAAGCCGCACCAGCACCCUGCCCAGGGGCACAAGGCGGGUCUGGAAACCUGCCCGGAGUGACUGUCACGGCGCCAAUUCCUAGGUUUGGGAUGACCUUCAGGCCGCCGUCAAGAGCCGGAAGGGCAGCUUUGGCGGCACGCACUAGAUCGAAGGGAGCGUCCGACUCAAGCCAGCCCACUCAGGACAACCCGGGACCGAGUGGUGAGAAAAAGACAGUAGAGAUUCCCGAGGAUGAGGAUGAAAGGUUAAGGACGGAAGAGGACAAGAAGGCUGAAGAAAGAGCCAAGAAGAGGGAGGCAAAGGUCGGUGCUGGUAAGGAACAAGAGGGCAAGAGAAGGAAGUAUAGAGUCCGGUUGGAGGAAGGGUUCAACGUGGAAGGGAUGGUCGAAAGGCUCCUCGAGGGCCAUAACGACCUGUUGAACUUGAAAGAUAUCCUCGCCCCGACUCCAAAAUUGCGAGACGAGCUAAAGUCUCGUUUGUCCCGACGAUUGGUGGCGAGCGUUCGUUUGAGGACUGUCAUCCCUAAAGAAGGGGAGUGGGCUGAGACAGGCACCAAGAUGGACUGGAAGUCCGUUGCAUGUGGGUGCGUAAAAGUGAUGGUAAAGGGAAAGCCGUACACCGCGGUGGUAGACACGGGAGCGAAAAUGAACCUCAUAAAAGAGGAGCAUGUUUUACGCUUGGGGAUGAAGAUUGAUCGCUCCAAUAAUGGAGUUUUAAUAGGAGUGAAUAGUCGGUCUAUGUUCAUAGAGACCGCAUCGAGAGUGGUUUUGGAGAUUGGCAAGGUUAAAGUGAGAAGCUGUUUCUUUGUGAUGCCCGAUCUCGACCAUCCCAUCCUAUUGGGCCGAUCCUUUUUGAGCCGAACGGAGACCGUCAUACUGAAUAAGAAUGAUGAGAUGAUGUUCCUCGUCUUAUGUGACCCGGUAGAAGGGCACGAGAGGUCGAUAGGUGGGAUAUACCUCUUGGCAAAUGCUCUGCUUCAAGACGAGGUGGCGAGGAUCGGGGAUCAGCGGCAAGGUGAGAAUGAGAAUGUAAUCCACAAAGGAGAGGACGACGAUUUUGAAGAGGGAGAGAUAAAUGAGGCUUUUCGCACGGAGGAGUAUGACGGGAUAUAUGUGGAGUUAGGAAUGCUCCUUUCAUGUGAAAUGAGAGAAAGGGAUGCAUGCGAGAAAGUCCUCAAGAUGCGGCCAAACUUCUUGGUAAGGGACGACCAUCUGCUUAUGAGAAGUAAAGGGGGGAGCCCCAGAAGGGUGGUUUGUGGCCUAAACCAUCAGAUCGAUGUUAUGGGAACCCUUCAUGACGGGACGACCGGUGGCCAUAGGAGUGCGGAUGCGACAUACUUAAAGAUUCACGACUUGUAUUACUGGGAUGGCAUGGGACACAUGAUCGAGAAGUAUUAGGUCCAGAGGUUUGAGAUCAUGAAUCAGCCUGCAGAGGAGGUCUUCAAGUGUCAAAAGGUGGAAGAGAGGGGAAACGAACAGAAGAAUGAGGAAAUCCCCCUACUAGAUAAGGAGAUGUUGCAGCCUGAGGAGGCCCUAGCAAGGAUGAAGUCAGGAACUGGGGGGUUCGAGUGGAGGAUGCCCACAGUCUUGGCACAUGAGGCGAGGCCACCAGCAGAGGAUGCGAUGGAUGAGGCUGCACUUCCCAUGACUAAGGAGGAGACUGUGGGGCGACAAGAGGUUCAGGAGAGUGUGGGACAGGUCAUGGAUGAAGCUGAGGAGAUGGAGGAGCGGGAGGUCUCUCAGAAGACCCCACCACCUCAGGAUAUGCCUCUGGUUGCAGGUUUGGAGGAUGCACUGGGAUCUUGGGCCACUGGAUUCGGGGCAGAGGAGCGAGUGAGUGAGCAGAUGGCGCAAACAGAUGACAGAGCAGCAUGCCCCAUUCCCCCAGAGCACCCACAGCAGGAGGUCACCAGCGAGGCCACAACAGCCCCCUCAUCUGUACCCUCCCAUGCAGCUGACAAGAUGGAGCAGAAAAAGUUUGGAAGAUGCUUCUACUGCAAAAGAGGCAAGCACCGAUAGGAGACCUGUCCCAAAAGCCUCAAGG